CGCCGCCCGCCCCGAGGCCCGCAGAUGUGGCCCUGACCAUGUCGACGCCCAAGGGCUUGUUAUGGGUGCCGCUGGUCUUCACCCCACUCUGCGUCAUGCUCAACUGCAACGUUCUCCUGUGGCUCACGGCCCUGGCCAUCAAGUUCACGCUCCUCGACGGCCAGGCGCAGUACCCCGUGGUCAACACCAACUACGGCAAGAUCCGGGGACUCCGCACGCCGCUGCCCAACGAGAUCCUGGGCCCGGUGGAGCAGUACCUGGGCGUGCCCUACGCCUCCCCGCCCACCGGGGAGAGGCGCUUCCAGCCCCCCGAACCCCCGUCCUCCUGGACCGGCGUCCGUAACGCCACGCAGUUCCCCUCCGUGUGCCCCCAGCACCUGGACGAGCGCUCUCUCUUGCACGACAUGCUGCCCAUCUGGUUCACUGCCAACCUGGACACCUUAAUGACGUACGUCCAGGACCAGAACGAGGACUGCCUGUACCUGAACAUCUACGUGCCCACGGAGGACGGAGCCAACAGAAAGAAAAACGCAGAUGAUAUGACCAGUAAUGAAGGUGGUGAAGAUGAAGACAUCCACGACCAGAACAUCAAGAAGCCCGUCAUGGUCUACAUCCACGGGGGCUCCUACAUGGAAGGUACCGGCAACAUGAUUGACGGCAGCAUCUUGGCCAGUUACGGCAAUGUCAUCGUCAUCACCAUCAACUACCGCCUGGGCAUCCUCGGCUUCCUCAGCACGGGCGACCAGGCGGCCAAGGGCAACUACGGGCUCCUGGACCAGAUCCAGGCCCUGCGCUGGAUCGAGGAGAACGUCGGGGCCUUCGGGGGGGACCCCAAGCGGGUGACCAUCUUCGGGUCGGGGGCCGGGGCCUCCUGCGUCAGCCUGCUGACCCUCUCCCACUACUCGGAAGGACUCUUCCAGAAAGCCAUCAUCCAGAGCGGGACGGCGUUGUCCAGCUGGGCGGUGAACUACCAGCCGGCCAAGUACACGCGGAUCCUGGCGGACAAAGUGGGCUGCAACAUGCUGGACACCACGGACAUGGUGGAGUGUCUGCGGAACAAGAACCACAAGGAGCUCAUCCAGCAGACCAUCACGCCCGCCACGUACCACAUCGCCUUCGGGCCGGUCAUCGACGGGGACGUCAUCCCCGACGACCCGCAGAUCCUCAUGGAGCAAGGCGAGUUCCUCAACUACGACAUCAUGCUGGGCGUCAACCAGGGCGAGGGGCUGAAGUUCGUGGACGGCAUCGUGGACAACGAGGACGGCGUCACGCCCAACGACUUCGACUUCUCCGUCUCCAACUUCGUGGACAACCUCUACGGCUACCCCGAGGGCAAGGACACGCUCCGGGAGACCAUCAAGUUCAUGUACACGGACUGGGCCGACAAGGAGAACCCCGAGACGCGGCGGAAGACGCUGGUGGCGCUCUUCACCGACCACCAGUGGGUGGCCCCCGCCGUGGCCACGGCCGACCUGCACGCCCAGUACGGGUCGCCCACCUACUUCUAUGCUUUCUACCACCACUGCCAGAGCGAGAUGAAGCCCAGCUGGGCCGACUCGGCCCACGGCGACGAAGUUCCCUACGUCUUCGGCAUCCCCAUGAUCGGGCCCACCGAGCUCUUCAGCUGCAACUUCUCCAAGAACGACGUCAUGCUCAGCGCCGUCGUGAUGACCUACUGGACCAACUUCGCCAAGACCGGGGACCCCAACCAGCCCGUUCCUCAGGACACCAAGUUCAUCCACACCAAACCCAACCGCUUCGAGGAGGUGGCCUGGUCCAAGUACAACCCCAAGGACCAGCUGUACCUGCACAUCGGCCUGAAGCCCCGGGUCCGGGACCACUACCGGGCCACCAAAGUCGCCUUCUGGUUGGAGCUGGUCCCGCACCUACACAACCUCAACGAGAUCUUCCAGUACGUGUCCACCACCACCAAGGUCCCGCCGCCGGACAUGACGUCCUUCCCCUAUGGCACCCGGCGCUCCCCGGCCAAGAUCUGGCCCACCACCAAGCGCCCGGCCAUCACGCCGGCCAACAGCCCCAAGCAGGCCAAGGACCCGCACAAGCCGGGCCCCGAGGACACCACGGUCCUCAUCGAGACCAAGCGGGACUACUCCACGGAGCUGAGCGUCACCAUCGCCGUGGGCGCCUCUCUGCUCUUCCUCAACAUCCUGGCCUUCGCCGCCCUCUACUACAAGAAGGACAAGCGGCGCCACGAGACCCACCGGCGGCCCAGCCCCCCGCGCAACCCCAGCAACGACAUCGCCCACCUGCAGAACGAGGAGAUGGUGUCACUGCAGAUGAAGCAGAUGGAGCACGACCACGAGUGCGAGUCCCUGCAGGCCCACGACACCCUGCGGCUGGCCUGCCCGCCCGACUACACCCUCACGCUGCGUCGCUCCCCCGAUGACAUCCCGCUCAUGACACCCAACACCAUCACCAUGAUCCCCAACACCCUGACGGGCAUGCAGCCCCUGCACACCUUCAACACGUUCAGCGGUGGCCAGAACAGUACGAAUUUGCCCCACGGACACUCUACCACCCGGGUAUAG